UGUUGAAGCUGGAGACGAAUUGAGCUCUGUCGAAUUAGGGGACGCUGCAGCUUCAGGCGACUGUCGAGUGAACAAAUUGCAUUCGUCUCUGGUCGGGUUUGGACCUUGUGAACCAAUCCCAGCACUCCAUGUGUUGUUUCGGUCAAAGGUGAAAGUUAAUACUUAGGGGGUGGGGGAAGAGUGAAGAUGGCGGCGGGCGUGUUGAGGAGUUGGCACUGAUUAGUAUUCAUUCAAAGAAAGACGGAGACUGAUUUAGCAAAGCUGGCUUUUCUCCACGUGAAUCUUUACAACGGGAGGGUUGUGUUAUUUAGUUUUGGUUUCACACGCUGCAGUUCUCCUCCGCAACCCGAACCUUCUCUGUAAUUGCAUGGUAAGGUGAUGGCAGUGUUUGAGUUGGUCUGGAGGAUACUGCAUACAUUGCUGUGCCUGCACCGGACGCUGUCGGCCUGGCUCCGCCAUGGAAUGUGGGCCUGGAGGCGCUGGAACCCGGCGAGCCUGGCGUUCCGAUUCCAGAACGCCAAGAACAAAGGCAAGAGCCGGCGCGCGCGCUGGCGCUCGGACGGACGCCGCCUGAAGAAGUUACCGCUGCACUUGGGGCUGGUAGUGACUGAGGACGAAAGCAGCUACACGGACAUCGCUAACCUGGUGGUGUGGUGUAUGGCUGUUGGCAUUUCCUAUGUCAGCGUCUAUGACAACCAAGGAAUUUUCAAAAGAAAUAAUUCCAGAUUAAUGGAGGAAAUCUUAAAACAACAGCAAGAAUUGUUAGGUCUAGACUCUUCAAAAUAUUCUACUGAUUUUUUAAAUAGUAACAAGAAAAUUGAACAAGUUCUGUCUUGUCCAACUACAGUGAAAGUGCUUUCACCUGAUGACGGGAAAGCAGAUGUAGUGAAUGCUGCUAAAAAAUACUGUCAGUUGGUUGCUCAGCAGCAGAGAAGGUCCACUGAUCUAAAUGUGAAUAUUAUGGACGCUUUUCUCAGAGAAAGCACAUUCGGUUUACCUGACCCGGAUCUAGUUUUAAAAUUUGGUCCUGUGGACAGCACACUUGGCUUUCUGCCGUGGCACAUCAGACUUACUGAAAUUAUAUCACUGUCUUCACACGUCAACUUAAGUUAUGAAAGAUUUAUUUCCGCCCUCCAGCAGUUUGCAGCCUGUGAACAACGAAUGGGAAAAUGACCACAAGUCAGCAUGGAAUUGCGUCCAGGCUUCAGUCAAAGGGACCCAAAAUAUCCAAUGUUUACACUUACCUGUGAACCAUUGAAUCCCAAUUCAGUGUCUUUUUUUUUAAUCAACUGAGGAUAAGAAUAUGUCUUUGUUCAAAUCUUAGUUGCAUCGCUGUCUGUGAGGGGUCAGUAUCUUUUUCUUUAAAGAAACUGUUGAGCUUGACCAUUAAUUCAGGCAUUCUGAAAUGGGACUUUUUUAUAUGAAAGAACUGUAAGUUUGAAGGAUUACCAUCAAUGGACUCUUCUUUCUUGGUUGAUAUGGACAAAUAACUUAUCUGCAAUGCCUUGCACUAAAUGAGUGUUCAAUAAAUGUAUAAAGAUGAUCCUAUUACAUUUUAAAGUCCUAUUUUAAUGCAACACCUAGAAUUUCAAUGAAUUUUAAUUAGCCUUAAACUAGAGUGCAGCAGGGAUGUUUGAUCACGUACUGCUCAAGAUUUAAAAACAGCUAUUUUCCCCCCAAAGCUUUAAAGAUAUAAAAAUGGAAUUUAAGUAAUGUAACGUAAGAGAUUACACUAUUCCAUUGUAUCAUUAUGAUGGACAGCCUGGUUUGUACUUGGCUGUCUCUUGUGCAGGUGCAAGGAUGUGGGCUGGCUGCCAUUCCUGUGAACGCAUUUGUGGGCCAGUGUGUGAUGUUGUGUUAGUUUCCUGAUGAAGCUGAACUAUGGCAUGAAUUGCUUUUGUGUGUUGUUGCUGUUUAGUUUAUUUUAUUAGAUAGACCUUGCUCAAUUUCAUCAAGAUAGAUUUGUUAGUGGUUGAUGGAUAAGGGAAUCUGUUUAAAUGCCAUAUCUCAUAUAAGAUUGGAAACCGAAGAGAAGCAUAAAGGAACAAUAUUUUUGGGUUUUAAUUGUAUCAUAAUCUGCAAGUGGGUAUACAACCCAAGCAAGGGAUAUUAAUUGUACUUUUUCAAUUUUAUUUUAUAUAUGAAAUGGCAAAUACAAAAUGUAAUUUGUUGAUUAAAAUUUAAAAAUAUGAAGAUUUACGUCUGCACCCUCUUUCCCUAUGGUGGAUGCACUGAUAUUCAGACUUGUCAGUUUGUCACUUAAGUUGCUGCAUGACACAUGGCAGUAGAUAGAGUUAUGGUUUUCCAGUGUGAUUUUGCUCUUGUAAGAAUAUUGUGUUAUGAUGUUAAUGUUAACCUGUUUCAAGCACAAAUAUGGCACAGAUCAUAGUGCCGAAGUCAGAAAUCUAUAUCCUUACAUGUCAUCACAGCAGUGGGUAUUACCAUAUAAUAACAUCGCAGCCAUUGUCACCAAGGGAAGAGGAGCAUGGAAGUCAAGCGGUGCAUGUCCUUUUGGCUGAUGCAUACCUGUGCUUUACAUUAAUAAAUGUUUUGCCAUAGUUGAGAGUUGUGUCAAUAAUUAGAAAUGUAAUUAGAAAUUAGAAGAAAUGGAAGUGCUCUGUUCCUUUAAUGCUGCUAACUAGAACUGAGACUGAAUAAGAACGAUGAUCGGUGUAUGACAUAUUUUGGCUUGGCUUCUCUAAUUAAAGUAAUUAAAGCAAUUUGUCAUUUAAAUGAAUAGCAUUGGCAAAUCACAUGAAGACAAAGGCCCACCAAUGUCACAUGGAUAUCAGUAAAAUGGCAAAUGUAAUUCUACUACUUGGUAGUAGCUUGUUUUGGAUAUGUAUGGUUUUAUGAUAACCUGUUCUUUCAAGCACUGUUGCUUGUACUGAAAUAUUAGCUGCUUGCAGUUGAAAGACCAGUCCUGAAAUGUUUUGGAUAUAUGGGUGGGUGGUUGUUUUUUUAAUUUGAGAACUGUGCAAAAAGAGUAAUAUGUUACAUAGAAAAAGUGUUGAUUACCCUUGCUUCACAAAUCAAAUUUGGUUCUUUUCUGAUUAUUUUCUGUAAUGUAAUUGUCAUCUCCAUAUGAUUUGAGUUUAUUUUAUUUUUGGAGAUGGAGGAUGGGUAAGGACUAACUUUUUUCUUUAUCUAAACUAACAAAACAGUGCCAACUACACUGAAAUCAAAUGAAAAAUUGUGCUGAAUGUAUAAAUGACUGAACACUUGCAUGCUGGACACAGCAAUGUUACACAGAUGACCAGUGUCACUUCAAGUUAUAUUCAUAGUUGUAAUACUUGGGAAAAUGUAUGCUAUGUAAAACCAAUUUUUACAAAUAAAACUUGGAUUUUAUGAAUGGAA